GCCUCAAUGAAUGUCUGCACUAAGUCCAAAGCUCGGAGUGAUUUACCUGAAGAGUGAUAUUCAGAAACCACUAAAGAAACCCAAGACAACUGAAAAACAGAAGUCUGAGGAGAAUGAGAUUACGCAGACGGGUGCCUUCGUUGCCAAGUCAGGCCUUCCAUGCCUGAACUUUGAAGCUAUCUCCUCUCUGGGCCCAGAUCUCAUCCAUUCAUCCCAUUCACUAAGAAACCUGCUCAUAUACACAGGGUCACCUGAUUGUAACAACAGUUGCAGGGGGAUGACAGAGCGCAUUCACAGCAUCAACCUCCACAACUUCAGCAAUUCUGUGCUCGAGACCCUCAACGAGCAACGCAACCGUGGCCACUUCUGUGAUGUGACAGUUCGCAUUCACGGGAGCAUGCUGCGUGCCCACCGUUGUGUGUUGGCGGCUGGCAGCCCCUUCUUCCAAGAUAAGCUGUUACUGGGCUACAGUGACAUUGAAAUUCCUUCUGUGGUUUCAGUCCAAUCAGUACAAAAGCUCAUUGACUUCAUGUACAGUGGAGUAUUGCGAGUCUCACAAUCGGAGGCCCUGCAAAUCCUUACAGCAGCCAGCAUCCUGCAGAUUAAAACUGUGAUUGAUGAAUGCACACGGAUUGUCUCACAGAAUGUGGGUGACAUCUACCCUUUGAUUCAGGAUUCUGCACAGGAGACACCACGAGGAACUCCUGAAUCAGCCACUUCAGGACAGAGCAGUGAUACAGAGUCUGGUUAUCUGCAAAAUCACUCACAGCACAGCGUGGACAGGAUAUACUCAGCUUUGUAUGCAUGUUCUAUGCAGAAUGGCAGUGGCGAGCGUUCAUUCUACAGUGGUGCAGUGGUCAGCCACCAUGAAACAGCACUAGGCCUUUCUAGAGACCAUCAUAUGGAAGAUCCAAGCUGGAUUACAAGGAUCCAUGAGCGCUCACAGCAGGUGGAGCGGUAUCUUUCCACCACGCCAGAAACCACACACUGCAGGAAACAACCACGUCCAGUUCGGAUCCAAACUUUAGUGGGCAAUAUUCACAUCAAGCAAGAAAUGGAGGAUGAUUAUGACUACUAUGGACAGCAGAGAGUGCAAAUCCUAGAGCGCAAUGAAUCUGAAGAAUGCACUGAGGAUACUGAUCAAGCAGAAGGUGCUGAAAGUGAGCCCAAGGGAGAAAGUUUUGAUUCUGGAGUCAGUUCCUCCAUUGGCACUGAGCCUGAUUCUGUGGAGCAGCAAUUUAUGACUGGCCUAGGUCGAGAAGGUCAACAAGAACCUACCCAACCAGAACAAAAUGAUGUUUCUGCUGAAAGCAUUCAGCAGCAGCACACAGAUACUAACUCUUCUUCACCAGAAAGAGGAAAUGAUGUUGAAAGGGAUAGCGCACUAAUAACUGUUUGUAACAGUACUGAAAAGGGGACUUUACAGCCUAUCACUACAACUAUUGCCCAAUCAUUGCCAAGUACCCAGCUCUACUUACGCCAGACAGAAACCCUCACCAGCAACCUGAGGAUGCCAUUGACCCUGACCAGCAACACACAGGUCAUCGGCACAGCUGGCAAUACCUAUUUGCCUGCACUCUUUACUACACAGUCUGCUGGCAGUGGUCCUAAGCCUUUCCUUUUCAGCCUUCCCCAGCCCCUAGGCCAACAGGCACAAUUUGUGACAGUGUCCCAGCCUGGGCUUUCAACUUUUACUGCCCAACUGCCAGCCCCACAACCCUUGGCUCCUUCUGUAGGUCACAGCACAGCAGGUGGGCAGGGUGAAAAAAAGCCUUAUGAGUGUACCCUCUGCAACAAGACUUUCACAGCCAAACAGAAUUAUGUCAAGCACAUGUUUGUACAUACAGGUGAGAAGCCCCACCAGUGCAGCAUUUGUUGGCGAUCCUUCUCCCUAAAAGAUUACCUAAUCAAACACAUGGUGACUCACACUGGUGUCAGAGCCUACCAAUGCAGUAUCUGUAAUAAGCGUUUUACGCAGAAGAGUUCCCUAAAUGUGCAUAUGCGGCUCCACCGUGGGGAGAAAUCUUACGAAUGCUACAUUUGCAAGAAAAAGUUUUCACACAAGACCCUGCUUGAAAGACACGUGGCUCUACAUAGUGCCACAAACGGAACAUCUAGCACAACAAGCACUGGGGCAAGGGCACUUCCAGCUGGAGGGAUGGCCUGCACAGAGGGAACGACCUACGUUUGCUCUGUCUGCCCAGCUAAGUUUGACCAAAUUGAGCAUUUCAACGACCACAUGAGGCUGCAUGUUUCAGAUGGGUAAAUAAUAUCUAUUCUGUUAUGAACAACAACAAAGCCCAAAUAGAGAAACAACGAAAAGCUAUGGCACUAGAUUUUUUUUUCAUUUUUCAUUUUUAGUUUGUUUAUUUUCAUUU